UCUACUAGAACUCUCUAAUUCUCUAUAUACACCCCGAUUUCGCUAUAUUUUCGUUUUUUCUCUUUACGUAUAGCACUUGGGUUCCUCGAUUCCUAUUAGCCUUCCUCCGCCUUUCGCCGCCUUCUUCCGCGUCACCCUCCUUCCUCCAUUUCCGUCUAUCGGGUCUGUGUUGUGCUCCAAAUGUCUAUUGAUUCUUGUGGGAAGCAUCAAUUCUUUGUUCGGGGUGCUUUCUUUUUCAUGACUCUGGGAAGGUUGUGGUGUGCAUUGAAGAUCUUAUUUCGGCAUUGGACUUGAUAAUUAGCUGACUGCAGUGUGCAAGGGAGGUGAGGGACUUUGGGACUGGUGCUUAUACUAGUUUUCUGUUUCCUGAGGAGUAGUUAACAAACUUAGCUCUUUCAUUUUCUUUUGCUGAUUUUUUUGGAUCACAGACAAUACUGUUGUCAGUUGGUAUUUCCCUUCUCAACGAACUUUAGAUUCUUUUUCUUUUUCUCUUUUUGGGGGGGAGGGAGGUUCAUUUACUUCACUCAGCUGCGCGGUGUUCCUUCGCCAUUACUAUAUGGCAAAUACAACCCGUUUUCCAGGAUUUCGCUUUCAUCCAACUGAUGUUGAGCUGAUGUACUGCCUAAAGCACAAGGUCAUAGGAAGGGAACUUCCUUCUGAAGUUAAGCGUGCUAUACCAGAGCUCAAUGUUCGUCUUUACCACCCAUCGGAGCUUCGGGAAAAAUCUAGCAGUAAAGAUCGUUUGUGGUAUUUCUUUUGUCCAAUAGAAAAGAAGUAUGCAAGUGGGUCUAAAUUGAAGCGGGCAACUGAGACUGGUUACUGGAAAUCCACAGGGGGUGACAGAACUGUUACUUAUAAAGGACGAACUGUUGGAAAGAUUAAGACUUUAAUUUUCCACCAAGGUCAUUCGGGCAAAGGGGAAAGAACAGAUUGGGUUAUACAUGAGUACCGGAUGGAGGACAAGCAUUUGGCAGAUGCAAGAAUUGUUCAGGAUUCAUAUGUGAUCUGUAAAGUAUUUAAGAAGACUGGGCCUGGCCCCCAAAAUGGCUCACAGUAUGGAUCUUUUGAGGAAGAUUGGGAUUAUGAUGAUGUAUGUGCUGAACCAGAUCUUUCUGGUGUAUCUCCUGCUAUGCCUGCAUCUACUGAUUGCCAAAGCUGCCCGGUUGGCAUAGAGAGCACUUCUAGUUUUGCUUUGGUUGAACCAGGUCCAUCCUCUGCUGAACCUGGUUCAUCUUUGGCUGAACCUCAUAUUAAUGAGUUUUCGGAAGGUGGUGAUAUCAAUGAGUUGUUAGGCCCAUUUUUUAUGGAACAUAAUGGCUUGCUUCCAAUUGAGAGUAACAAUAAUGAGAAUACGAGUGAUCUUACCCAAGCAAGAUGUGUAGAAAUAGCAGAAUGUAAUGAUGGAGAUGAUAUCUACAACGACCUAGGAGGCUUGGGUAACUUGCCAAUGCUUGGUGAAGACGGAUUUUCUAAUAUCCUAUAUCCAUGGGAAGAGACUACUGCAUACUAUGGUGACACUGAUGCAUAUAUUAACCAAGCAAGAAGUGCAGAAAUAGCAGAGUGUAAUAUGACGGCUGCUGCUGCUGCAGCUGCAUACUUUGGCGACAGCUUAGGAGGCCUGGGUAACUUGCCAACGCUUGGUGAAGACGGCUUUGGCGACACUGCUGGAUAUGUGGAGCUUGAUGAUCUUUUGAAACCAUUAGAUGAAUCAAAUUGUGGUAGUGAAACUCAGCACUUGUAUCCAUCUUACAAUAAUAAUGUUGCCAUUGAUGUGGAACAGUCCCAUAUUAGAGGCAAUACUACUAGUGGCAGUAAUGAAUUUGAUCCAUCCAGUGCCACCAGAGGAGUACAUCACAUCCAAAAGUCUUAAAUGGCGGGGGCAUUGAUUUUGACACAACUACAGGAAACGAUAGGUGCAUACAAUUCAUGCUGACUGGUGACAGUUGGGAAUGAUAGGAUGGAGCAGGCAGGCAAGGCAGAGUGUGUGUUCAUUAGUGAUUGAUGGUUGAUAACCAAGUUACGUUGAUGAAGAGCAACUUUGUGUAUCUUGGGUUACGAUUCGAAAGUGGUCGGUCCGUUUUUGUUUAUAGAUGGAAGGAUUUGUGUUUUAAGUUUUAAGCAUAUUCCAUUUUCUUUCACUUCAGACUUGGUGAAUGUGCAUAAUUUAUUAUCUUCUUGUCAUGGAUUUAAAGCAAAGCAGUUGAGAUUUUAUAAAGCAACAAAGUUAUUAUUAUUAUUCC